AAUUGUUCCGUCGACAAGGAUUCUACUGGCGCGGCGAGAAGUGAGCAUUUUGGUCUUUGUGCUGUUACAGUGCAGCGGCCAUUUCUAGUCGUCCAUGAUUCUUCAGAUAACAAAUCUGAGCUCCUAAUUGAUUUAAUCCAAAGCCAUUGAUUUCCAUUCAUGUCGACCUUCAUUUGCAAUCUACAAGUUCCUCGGCCCCAUCUUUCGCUAUAUCGCAAGCAACGUGCAGCUAGAAUUCGUUCGCGAGGAUUUCCUUUCAUCAACAGUAAGAUUCUUCGCUCGAACCAUUUCUCAAUCAAUUGUCGGUUCCUGUUACCUCCUCCGAAGUCGGCGAUUAACGGAUAUGGAAUCUCUGUCCCGAGUUCUUCGGAGGAGCGAGAAGCAGGCCAUGGCGAAGUUGAAUUUGAUAUUUUACAUAAGCUUCGGGGAUUGAUUGGCAAUCUACGUUCGAUUUUGCCUGGUGGAAGUUGGUGGAGCUUAUCCGAUGAAGAUGAAGUUAGAAUUUCGGUUGAGCCAGUGACUGUGACGCGGGCUCUUGGCAAGAUGUGGGACUUGGUUGCUAGAGACCGUUGGAUAAUCUUUACUGCAUUUUCUGUGUUGGUUAUUGCAGCGCUUUCGGAGAUCUCCAUACCACACUUCUUAACAGCGACAAUUUUUUCUGCUGAGAGCGGAAAAAUCUCAGUAUUUCGCAGGAAUGUGCAAGUCUUGAUGCUCCUAUGUAUCACGUCAGGAAUAUGCAGUGGUGUUCGGGGUUACUGUUUUGGAGUUGCGAACAUGAUCCUGGUCAAGAGAACAAGAGAAACACUUUAUUCUGCUCUUCUUCUACAGGAUAUAUCGUUUUUUGACAGUGAAACUGUCGGUGAUCUUACAAGUAGGCUUGGAGCUGAUUGUCAGCAAGUGUCGAGAGUCAUUGGAAAUGAUCUUAAUUUGAUACUACGCAACAUUCUCCAGGGGGGUGGUGCUUUGAUCUAUUUGCUUAUUUUGUCGAAGCCUCUAGGUUUAUGCACACUGAUCAUAUGCUUCACUUUAGGAGCAAUUAUGCUAGUGUAUGGCCGAUAUCAGAAGAAGGCAGCAAAGAUUGUCCAAGAUGUCACUGCUUCUUCCAAUGACGUUGCACAAGAAACAUUGUCUUUGAUCAGAACAGUUCGUGUUUAUGGGACUGAGAAGGAGGAACUUGGAAGGUAUGAGAUGUGGUUGGAAAGAUUAGCUGAUGUGAGCUUAAGACAGAGUGCAGGAUAUGGCCUCUGGAACUUUAGCUUCAAUUUUCUUUAUCAUGCGACUCAGGUCAUUGCCGUGCUAUUAGGAGGAAUGUUUAUUCUAUCUGGUCGUAUAACAGCUGAACAACUUACGAAGUUUAUAUUGUAUAGUGAAUGGUUAAUUUAUUCAACAUGGUGGGUAGGGGACAAUUUAUCCUCAUUGAUGCAAUCUGUUGGGGCAAGUGAAAAGGUCUUCCAAUUGAUGGAUCUCUUGCCUAGCGACCAAUUUGCAUCACAAGGAAUAAAGUUGCAGAAACUGACAGGACGCUUCGAGUUUUUGGAUGUCUCUUUCCGUUAUCCCUCACGGCCAACGGUCUCUGUACUGCAACAUGUAAACCUUUCAGUGCAUCCCAAUGAAGUUGUAGCAAUAGUUGGUCUUAGUGGCAGUGGUAAAAGCACGCUGGUAAACCUUUUACUCCGACUUUAUGAGCCAACGAAUGGGCAGGUUUUAAUCGACGGUUACCCUCUUAAAGAAUUGGACAUUGUAUGGUGGAGAGAAAGGAUCGGAUAUGUAGGGCAGGAACCUAAACUUUUCCGCAUGGAUGUUAGUUCAAACAUUAAGUAUGGAUGUCACAGAGACGUAGGACAGGAGGAUGUGGAAUGGGCAGCCAAGCAGGCUUAUGCUCAUGACUUCAUCCUAUCGCUGCCCAAUGGUUAUCAAACGCUUGUUGAUGAUGAUUUGCUUAGUGGGGGACAAAAGCAGCGGAUAGCCAUUGCACGAGCUAUUCUUAGGGAUCCAGCUCUUUUGAUUCUUGAUGAGGCCACUAGCGCAUUGGAUGCUGAGAGUGAACACAAUGUUAAGGGCGUUCUUCGUGCUGUAAGAAAUGACUUGAAGAUGAAGAGAACUGUCUUAAUUAUUGCGCACAGGCUUUCAACUAUUCAAGCUGCUGACAGGAUAGUGGUUAUGGAUGGCGGUCAGAUAGUAGAGAUGGGCACGCACAAUGAGCUUCUCGUAAAGGAUGGGUUAUAUGCAAGAUUGACUAGAAAACAGGCUGAUGCAGUGGCAUGAGGAAUGCCAAUUUAUUUCCUAUUUAACUCUUGCAGGGGUGAAGCAAAAUUUCAACUGCUAACCCACUCAGAAUGCUUAGACACAUUUGGAAAAGGUAAAAAAAAGUUGUAUACCUAAGAAAUUAUAGCAAUUCAAAAGGCCAUGACAUUCCAUUUGUAUGAAAAAUUCAAUGUUUUAAGCUAGAAUCCUAGUUUCUAUAUGCUUCUAACAUCUUUUCUUUUGUACA